AUGGCCCAUGCUAACUGGACCGCAGUGGAGUCUAUUGGUACCACUCCUUUCUGCCCAUUCUUGACAUGGUCGGCCAAGCUUGCAGAAUGCCAUUUGAAGCAGCAAUCUUCCAUUGCUGGGAUUGUGUUGCACAUUCAUUGUCUCAGACAAAGCCUUGAGCUUCCUGUCGGUCUGGAUGCGAGCAUUGUCUUUCGGCUUAGCACACAUUUGCCGCAUCCUUUGGCUCUGACCACUUCGUAUUCGUAUCCACUUCUCCUCAACCUACACUUCAAUUGA